UUGGAAGAAGUACAAAAGCAGAAUCCCUCAUCUCUCUCUCUCUCUCUUUCUCUCUCAUGGCUGCUAGUGCUGGGCGCUGCAUUGCACCUGCAAGUUUCAUGGACUCAGAAUCUGGAAAAUGCAAAUGCAUUAUUAGUUCAGACACAACAAUAUAUAGUAGACAAUCAAUCCAUGUCUCCAAUCAAAGACAUAAUAAAUUUUAUUCACUAUCCAUGAAUGGUUGUCAUGGGGAUACAAGAGUUCCCUUAGGAACCGUUGAAACGAGGACGUUUCAAUCUGUAAUGACACCAGCAUUGGCUAUGGAUCAACUCAACUCAACCAUUUUCGAGUUGAAGUCCGACCCGCCUCCUUUUGAAUCCGGAAUUAUGCGUCUCCAGGUACCAAUUCAAGAGCGAAUUGAAGCAAUCGAUUGGCUUCACGCUCAAGAUCAACUCCUCCCUCGUUGUUUCUUCUCGGGUCGAACCCGAACUUUGGGUCUCCAACCCCAUCCUUUCAUAGAUUCCGACAACACCCAGAAUCUGAUCGGCGUCGCCGGUGUUGGUUCCGCAGUUUUUUUCCGCCAUUUCCGUCCCUUUUCACUAGACGAUUGGCGCUCCAUCAAGAGGUUCCUAUCUAAGGAAUGCCCUCUGAUUCGUGCUUAUGGGGCUAUCCGCUUUGAUGCAAGGGCCAAUAUAUCACCUGAAUGGGAGGCUUUUGGUUCUUUCUACUUCAUGGUUCCUCAGGUUGAGUUUGAUGAGCUUGAAGGAAGUUCGAUGCUUGCCACAACCAUUGCUUGGGACAAUUCCCUUUCAUGGACGUACGGGAAAGCAAUUGCCGCACUUCAGGCCACAAUGAGACAGGUUUCCUCUAUUAUUGUAAAGCUGCAAAAAGAAGUUCCUAACACACACAUCCUUAGCUAUAAUCAUGCUCCUGGUAAGACAUCUUGGGAUCUUGCUGUUAAUAGAGCUUUGCGGAUGAUAAGCAAAAACAACUCGGCACUUAUUAAGGUUGUACUUGCACGUAGCAGCAGAGUUGUGACUACACCUGAUAUUGACCCUUUAACAUGGUUGGCAUGCUUACAGGCUGAAGGAGAAAAUGCUUAUCAAUUUUGUCUUCAACCUUCCAAUGCACCAGCAUUUAUUGGGAACACUCCAGAGCAACUAUUUUACCGAAACUCGCUUAGCAUUUGUAGUGAGGCUUUGGCUGGGACUCGAGCUAGAGGUGGAUCAAAGGCCCUGGAUCUUCAGAUAGAACUUGAAUUACUUUCCAGUGCUAAGGACCAUCGUGAGUUUACCAUAGUACGAGAUUGCAUAAGAAGAAAACUAGAGGCUGUAUGUAUCAAGGUAUUGGUGGAACCAAAGAAAUCAAUUCGAAAGCUCCCAAGAGUUCAACAUCUCCAUGCCCAACUAAUAGGGAGGCUGAGAAGUGAAGAUGAUGAGUUUGACAUUUUGUCCUCUCUUCAUCCAACUCCUGCAGUUUGUGGGUUUCCUACAGAAGAAGCACGAUUCUUGAUUGCAGAAACUGAGAUGUUUGACCGAGGACUGUAUGCUGGUCCUGUUGGUUGGUUUGGAGGAGGAGAGAGCGAGUUUGCUGUUGGAAUAAGAUCAGCAUUGGUGGAGAAGGGUCUCGGUGCAUUGAUUUAUGCUGGAACUGGAAUAGUGGAAGGAAGUAAUUCAUCUGGAGAGUGGGAGGAACUGGAACUAAAGACAUCUCAGGUUUAUAUACAUUUUACCAAAUUGAUGAAACUAGAGGUGCCUCUCUCUUGAUACUAAGAAACAGUGACUCAAGGACUGCGUACUGUGAAGAUGCAUAUAAAUCCAAGGCAUGAUAUUCAUAGACUAUGGAAGAAGAGAUUAUUUCAACUUCAGCUACAGAAGCGCAGAUGUGCAGAUUGUUUUCUUUUCCCCAUUUGUUAUUAAGUGAACAAACUGCCAAGUUCGAUGUCACUAGCCAGUUCCAACCAUAUUCAAUUAUCACAACUAGUUUAGUGAUGUCUUACAUCAACUCUAUUCUUUUGUAAUCUACUUCACAUACCAAUCUUUGGAUAGUUGGUGUCGGAUUGUACUCUGAUCAGAGGACGGAAGUUAAUAUAAUUUGAAUUUCAGUUUCAUAUUAAACUUGUAA